AUGCAAAGGCGGGCUUCCGCGAGCGGCUCGGGCGGAGAUUUCCUGACCGGGCAGUGCUCCUUCGAAACGGUUACCGAGUUGUUUUGCUGGACAAGCCUCUUCACCCUCCUCGUGGAAGAUUUCGGUGUCAAAGGGGUGCAAGUGGAGGAGAUCUAUGACCUUCAGAGCAAGUGCCAGGGCCCCGUGUAUGGAUUCAUUUUCCUGUUCAAAUGGAUCGAAGAGCGCCGAUCCCGUCGCAAGGUCUCUACCUUGGUGGAUGAUACAUCUGUGAUUGAUGACGAUAUUGUGAAUAAUAUGUUUUUUGCCCACCAGCUGAUCCCCAACUCUUGUGCCACUCAUGCCCUGCUGAGCGUGCUCCUGAACUGCAGCAAUGUGGACCUGGGGCCCACCCUGAGUCGCAUGAAGGACUUCACCAAAGGCUUCAGCCCUGAGAGCAAAGGAUAUGCGAUUGGCAAUGCCCCGGAGUUGGCCAAGGCACAUAAUAGCCAUGCCAGGCCCGAGCCACGCCACCUCCCUGAGAAGCAGAACGGCCUUAGUGCAGUGCGGACCAUGGAGGCAUUCCACUUUGUCAGCUAUGUGCCUAUCACAGGCCGGCUUUUUGAACUGGAUGGGCUCAAGGUCUACCCCAUUGACCAUGGGCCCUGGGGUGAGGAUGAGGAAUGGACAGACAAGGCCCGGCGGGUCAUCAUGGAGCGUAUCGGCCUCGCCACUGCAGGGGAGCCCUACCAUGACAUCCGCUUCAACCUGAUGGCGGUGGUGCCCGACCGCAGGAUCAAGUACGAGGCCAGGCUGCAUGUCCUCAAGGUGAACCGUCAGAUAAUACUGGAGGCCCUGCAGCAGGUGAUCAGGGUAACACAACCAGAGCUGAUUCAGACCCACAAGUCUCAGGAGGCACAGCUGCCUGAGGAGUCCAAACCAGCCAGUGGCAAGUCCCCCAUGGCUCUGGAGGCGAGCAGGGGCCCAGUGUCCUCUGAGGGCACCCACACAGACGGUGUGGAGGAGGUGGCUGGUUCAUGCCCACAAGCCCUGACCCACAGCCCUCCCAGCAAACCCAAGCUGGUGGUGAAACCUUCAGGGAGCAGCCUCAAUGGUGUUCCCCCCAACCCCACUCCCAUCGUCCAGCGGCUGCCAGCUUUUCUGGACAAUCACAACUAUGCCAAGUCCCCCAUGCAGGAGGAGGAAGACCUGGCAGCAGGUGUGGGCCGUAGCCGAGUUCCAGUUCGCCCACCCCAGCAGUACUCCGAUGACGAGGACGACUAUGAGGAUGAGGAGGAGGAGGAUGUGCAGAACACCAACCCUGCCAUCAGGUACAAGCGAAAGGGGCCAGGAAAGCCAGGGCCAUUGAGUGGCUCCGGGGAAGGGCAACUGUCGGUGCUGCAGCCCAACACUAUCAAUGUCUUGGCCGAGAAGCUCAAAGAGUCCCAGAAAGAUCUCUCGAUCCCCCUGUCCAUCAAGACCAGCAGCGGCGCUGGAAGUCCGGCUGUGGCAGUACCCAUGCACUCGCAGCCCUCGCCCACCCCCAGCAACGAGAGCACAGACACAGCCUCUGAGAUUGGCAGCGCUUUCAACUCACCACUGCGCUCACCCAUUCGCUCGGCCAACCCCACACGGCCCUCCAGCCCUGUCACCUCUCACAUCUCCAAGGUGCUUUUUGGAGAGGAUGACAGCCUGCUGCGUGUUGACUGUAUACGCUACAAUCGCGCUGUACGUGACCUGGGUCCUGUCAUCAGCACAGGCCUGCUUCACUUGGCUGAGGAUGGUGUGCUGAGUCCCCUGGCACUGACAGAGGGUGGGAAGGGUUCCUCGCCCUCCAGCAGACCAAGCCAGGGUAGCCAGGGGUCCGGCAGCCCAGAGGAGAAGGAGGUGGUGGAAGCUGCAGAUGGCAGAGAGAAGUCUGGGCUGGCCAGGUCUGGUGAGCCCUUGAGUGGGGAGAAGUACUCACCCAAGUGUGGCUUUGGUGCUGGCGCCAGCCUCCCUCAUGGGUGCAAUGCUGGGUUUUGGCAGGAGCUGCUGGCACUGCUGAAGUGUGUGGAGGCUGAGAUUGCAAACUAUGAGGCUUGCCUCAAGGAAGAAGUGGAGAAGAGGAAGAAGUUCAAGAUUGACGACCAGAGAAGGACACACAACUAUGACGAGUUCAUCUGCACGUUCAUCUCCAUGCUAGCUCAAGAAGGGAUGCUGGCCAACCUGGUGGAGCAGAACAUCUCGGUGCGGCGGCGCCAAGGGGUCAGCAUUGGCCGGCUCCACAAGCAGCGGAAGCCUGACCGGCGGAAACGUUCACGCCCCUACAAGGCCAAGCGCCAAUGAGGAUGCUGGCCCCAACUCUGCAGCCUGCUCUUGCCUUGUGGCCUCACCAGGGCCCCUUCCCUGCCCCACUCCCCCUUCCCAGUAUUACUGAAUAGUUCCAGCCAGAGAGCUCAGACCCUGGAAAGGGAAGCCAGGCCGGGAUUCCCUGCAUUGUACUCGGGUAGGUUAAGCCCAUAGUGCUCAGGAAGCAGCAGCUGGAGCUGGGAAAGCGAGGUGCUACAGCUUUCUUCACAGCCGGCUGUGGGGCUGCAGGACCUGGCCUUUCUGCCUGGGCAGCAGAAUAUAUAUUUUACCUACAGAGACGUCUAUUUUUCUGGGCUCUGGCCCAUUUUGCCACCACUGUGUUGACAUAGCCGGCUUCCUGACUCUGCUUUCUCUCCUAACAAUUGCCAUCCUGGUGGGGCCUGGGUGGCUUGGGCCUGCUGCUCUAGCUGUAGCAGCCAGUUGUCUCUUGUAAGGAAGCCAGGUCUGCUCUUCAUUCCUCCUGGGAGAGCUCCAAACUCAGGGACCUGGCUUCUGGGCUAGGUUGGGAGUGGGGUGUCCCAGCGGGGGUGAGGGGAGCAACCUGCUAGAGCAGAGAGGAGUGUUUGAGCUGUUUGGUGGUUUGGUCCCUUCCUGGCUCUAGUUGGGCUUGUCAAGUCUGCUCUCCACAGCAGGGCUCUGGGGCUCUUUGCCUUCAGUGUUGUGGCCCUGGCACUGGGCCUGCCUUGGACUCCUGGGCUCCGUCCUGGAGCCUGGGGCUCAGAGGAGCCCCUGCCCAGCCCCUCAGUAUUACCACGUUUCCCUCCUGGUAGCAGAGACAGGGCUGCUUGCAGGAGACUGGCACUCCUCAGCUCUCCCUGCCACACCAGCUUCCUCAGCCUUUGCAAGGCACUCAGGGUGGGGACUGCAGGACCAAGACAACCAUUUGGAAACCAUAUGUUCCCGGAGGGCCUGAUGCCAAGGGGUAACGGGCCCAGAACUGCCUCUGGAGCUCAGCCCCCAAACAUAGCCCCAUACCUUCUGACAGAUGGCUUUGAAAGAGAUCUAAGGAGGCCCCUUAUCUGUACAUAGUGAUCUGGGAGAGGGGUGGGGAACAGCUGGCAGCCCUGGCAGUUGUCUCUGCACUGAGCAUAGCCUGACCCCUCAACCCCUUGUAAAUAUUGGAUCACUGAGUGAAUAAAACUCUCCUAAAGAAA